AUGACGUCAGCAUACCCGUUGUGAAUUUCCAUCAUUUCUAUAGUAAAGAUCGAGCUAAUUCAUAAAGUAAGCUGAAAUUGAAAAAUAAAUAUGCCUCGUCGACGAUUUGUUCGACUCCGAUAUCGUGCAGAAGAUGUUGGGUUAGUAAAUGCUGAGGAAGAUGCUCCUGUCCCAGCUGUGGUCGCACCUCCCAAAAGCCCAGGCAAUGGACCAUACAAGUGUGAAAUUGUCCAAUGUGCUAAGGAGUUUGCUCGGUGGAAAGACUUGAAACGGCACCAACGGAGCCACCAGUAUGACAAGCUGCACAGAUGUGAUAAAUGCCCCAUGUCCUUCAAUGUUGAAUACAACCUAACCCUUCACAAGGCUACUCAUGAUGUGGAGAACUUGGAGUGUCCAGAAUGCAAGAAGAAGUUCAGCCGUGUGGCAAGUCUCAAGUCACAUAUCAUGCUUCAUGCCAAAGAAGAAGUUCUUAUCUGUCCAGAGUGUGGGGAUGAAUUUGGCCUCCAGAGAUCUCUAGAUGAACACCUUCAAGAGCAUGCUAAUGAAUCCAAUGAACCUAAGGAACACACAUGCAAGAUAUGCGGAGAGAAGUUCCCUAUGCAUUACAUACUCAAAGAACACAUGAGGCAGAAACACAAACCCAAGUUUAGAUCAGCGGUUAUGAACACAAAGUUUGUGAGACGCAACCCAGAUAGAUCAAAAUUCCAUCAUGGCUGUACUUAUUGUGGCAAAUCUUUUAAUAAACCUAGUCAGCUGGAGCGUCAUAUUCGUAUUCAUACAGGUGAAAAGCCAUACAAGUGCCCGCAGUGUGAUAAAGCAUUUAACCAAAAUGGAGCUCUGCAAGUACACUUGACAAAGCACACCGGAACCAAACCACAUUCAUGUGAAUUCUGUGGUCAGAAAUUUGCUCAGCGUGGGAACUUGAGGGCUCAUAUUGUAAGGGUCCACGAGAUUAACAGCGAGUUGGAGCAGAGGUACGAGUGUCCACAGUGCUGCUGUAACUUUCGCAAAAUGAGCAGCUUGAAUGCUCAUAUCAGUCGCUUUCACAACAGCGAUGAGGCUUCAAGUCCAUUGCUCUCACUCAAGGCAGCACUUUCAGCUAUCCAGGAAGGAGCAGAUUGGUUAGACAGUAGUGUGGAUAUUCCAGCAUUAGCUGGCGCCCUUGAGCAACUGAUCAAUAUGGUAGAGGAGAAUGCUGGAGAAGGGGAUCCAUUGGACAGGAUUCAGGAGAUCAUAUCUGGUAAUACUAUCAAUACAGACAUCUUACAACAGGCACUGGACAAUAGUGGUGUAACAAGCAAUGUGGUUGAAGGACAGACUGAAACUCCUGCUCCUACUGUCUCUAACACUCCUGUGGCUCCAGCUGCUCCAGAUCUACCCGCUGAUUUACCUCCUGCUCCUGCCACAGCACCAACGGUAUCAACAGAGGCCACUGUAGCACCAGCUAAUAACCAGCUUAACCAGUUAUUCUCCUUUGUCGCAGAUAUUCUUCAGAGGCGAGUGAUGGUAAAGAGAAGUGCUCCUACUGGAAUACGGCUCCAUACCUGCAAUUACUGUCCGAAGACCUUCAAGAAACCCAGUGACCUUGUGCGUCAUGUCCGCAUUCACACAAAUGAGAAACCUUACAGUUGUACCCAGUGUGAUAAGACAUUCACUGUCAAGAGUACCUUGAUGAGCCACAUGAAGACACAUGCAGGGGUCAAGGAAUAUAAGUGCAAUGUUUGUUUUAAAAUGUUUGCAACACACGGGAGUCUGAAAAUCCACCUGAGGUUGCAUACAGGAGCGAAACCAUUUGAUUGCCAACACUGUGAUAGGAAGUUUAGAACAACUGGACAACGCAAAGUGCACAUGCUGUCCCACUUCAAGGAAAAUAGUGAAAAGAAAAGUAGAUCAGCCCAGGCCCGCGCAAAGAAACUCCCAGACCUUGACCUGCCAGACAUACCACUCCAAGAACCUAUAUUGAUAACAGAUACUGGUUUGAUUCAGCAGCCACCGAGAAAUAGCAAUAUGUUCAAUAAUUAUCUAUCAGAUGGGCUGCCGCAAAAUACUACUUCCGAUAGGCCUUAUCAAUGUUCAUUCUGCCAAAAGUGUUUCAAGAAAUCCAGCCAUUUGAAGCAGCAUGUCCGGUCACAUACUGGAGAAAGACCUUACCAGUGUAUGACGUGUAUGCGAUCAUUCAUAUCUUCAGGAGUUUUAAAAGCUCAUGAGAGAACACAUAUUGGUGUAAAGUCCUAUAAAUGUCUUAUUUGUGAUUGUCUGUUUACUACCAAUGGCAGCUUGAAACGUCAUAUGUCAACUCACACAGAUGUACGCCCGUUUAUGUGCCCAUAUUGUCAAAAGACAUUCAAGACCUCUGUCAAUUGUAAGAAACACAUGAAGAUGCAUAAGCGGGAAUUAGCUCUUCAGGCCAAGCAACAGGAGAAUAUAGACCAGGAUUCAAACCAUGUUCAAGAGAUUCAAUCUAUUGCAGAGCAAGCAAGCAACCUAGCUGAGCAUUUGGCAAUAGAACAGGCAUCAAACUCCAUUCUUGCUUUGGCACAAGGUCAGCUUACUGUUGGUCAAGAUGGACUCCAUGCAGCAAAUGCUCUUAAUGAAACAAGUCUUGCUUCUCAAGCUUUAGCACAGCAAAACCUUGCCCAGAGUAACUUGCUAGCCGAAGGAUUGACCCCUGAAGCUCUUGCUCAGUCUAGCCUAGCUCAGAAUUAUGUAAAUGCCUUCAAUCAGCAAACAUUGGAAAGUCUUACUAAUAGUCAAGGUGAUAUCACUGCUGAAAGUCAGAUUAGUCUCCAAACACAACAAAUUCAACAACAGUUGGAGGCAAUUACAGGACAAUCUGCUUCCUUGUUCUCUCAGACAGCAAAUAUCCAGCCGGUCCAAGAGGAACUGCCUCCACCGCCACCACCUCCGCCAGAAGCCAACCGCUUGCCUGCCAAUAAUCCGUCAUCUAUGUUUGGGUCUAAUGAAGGAGAAAAGAAGAUGUAUCCUUGCCACAUGUGCGAAAAGAGUUUCAAGAAAUCCAGUCAUUUAAAACAGCAUAUUCGUUCACAUACAGGAGAAAAGCCUUGUAAAUGCGAUACUUGUGGCAGGUCUUUUGUUUCUGCCAGUACACUGAGAAAUCAUUAUAGAACUCAUACAGGUAUCAAGAGCUUCAAAUGCAACAUUUGUAACACUUCAUUUACAACCAAUGGCUCCCUUGUAAGACACAUGAAUAUCCAUACUGAUCAGCGACCCCACUCUUGCCAGCAGUGUGGAGAGGCAUUCCGUAAACAACUGGACCUGAAGAGGCACUUGAAAGACCAUGCAACAGAGAGCGAUGAUGGCGAGCAACUUGAAGAUGGCAAACGUCCAAGGAACGUAAUCAGGUUUAACGAAGAAGAGGCUCAGCAGAUUGCAAAGAAACCCCUGGCCAGAAAUGCAUCCACAUCUGAGCGAAUACUAGUCCAAAUGGUGAAUGAUAAGAAUCGUGUCAGUGAGGUCUUAUCCAAGGAAGAUGUUAUCAAAAGGAGACCACUGUUCGCUAAUAAAUGCUCUCAUUGUUCCAAGUCUUUCAAAAAGCCCUGUGAUCUUGUUAGACAUGAAAGAACACAUACUGGGGAGAAGCCAUUUAAAUGCACAGAAUGCGACCGUUCUUUUGCUGUGAAGUCAACGCUAGUGUGUCACUUAAGAACCCAUAAAGGUGGAAAGCAGGAGACAUGCCACAUAUGUAAAACAACAUUUGCAACUGUUGGGAGCUUGAAGGUUCACAUGCGGCUACAUACUGGUGCCAAACCAUUUAAAUGUCCACACUGUGAUGAACAAUUCAGGACUUCUGGUUCUCGAAAGCAACAUAUUGAAAAUCACUUCAAGCCGGCAACAGCAAGGAAACGUAAGGCUUCACAGAAAGUUGCCACUAACAAGGAGAAUUCAAUUGUGGAACAGGUGAUAGUUGAGACGACUCAUGCAGAAGUUGUACAGCAAGGAUCCGAAGAUAUUCAGGUUACCCAUGUGCCAGUUCCAGUUGCUUCUGAUCAGCCUGUGUUGCAAACGAUCCCAGCACACCAACUUAAUAUAGGUAACCAGCCUCAGACCGUCGCAAUGAGCAAUGCAGAAAACGGGUCUGAAAAUUCAGCAACUGUUUUGACUGGUUUGGAGUUACAGCUAACGGGAACAAACUUGGGUCAAAAUGUUCAAAUUCAAGGGUUGGAUGCAAACAACAUUACUGUCCAAAUUGAUCCAACACUCCUUCAGCAAAUUCAGCAGCUGCAGCAGCACAAUGCCAUCACACUGCAGACUGGAGAUCUUAAUUUAGGACAGGCUAGUUUGCAACUUUCCCAGCCAGAUCUUUCAAGUCUAAUUGGUAACCAGGAAGUCAAUUUAUCUCAGAACAUACAUGGCACUAUUGACCCUCAGACUGGACUCCUUGUACAGAUGGAACCAUCAGCUUUACAGCAGGUUCCACAUAUGAUAAGGAUUGAUACUGGUGUACCUAAUCAACAGCAAACCAUCCAUGUUCAGACAACAUCUGCUCCAAACACCAGCCAUGAUCAAGCACAAGUAGUUGUCCAAAAUUCAGGUAUUCAGAACAUCAUCCCAUCCCUCCAGAACCAAUCCUUUAUUCCAAGUUCCUCAGGAAUGGCAACGCAAGUUGUGGCUCCCCCAAAUACAGUGGCCCCAUUCCUGCAAGGUUCCGAUGUUCAGAUGAAUAUUCCAGAUAGCCUUGCUCAGAACGUUUCUCAUGAUGAGCCGGUCAUGACCAAUAAAUUGUACACCAUCCAUACAAGUGAAAGAGGUACACAUUUGGUGCAGACGGACACACCUACUUCACAGCCAGAUAUGUCCAACCUUGGUCAGUCAUUCCAACUCUCGUUAUCAGGAGACCAGCUGUCAUUACAACCCAAUAUCCUACUCCAACAACCAAACAUUCAGAACCCUGUAGAAUAUACACCAACAUCCAGCAUUGCUCAUUCCCAAGAUCAAAUAACAAUAUCAAGUGAGGGACUCGGAGAGUCAGACUCGGCAGGGACAGUUACCGUGAACGUGGUUGAUUUCGCUAAUCUAGCGUCGCAUGAGAAUGUUGAAACAACUGCGACUACUUCAGAUGCUGUUCCUGUGCAAGAAGAGGAGGAAAGUGGGGAAGAGGAUGAUGAUGAUGGAGAUGAUGAUGAAGAGGAGAUGGAAGAGGAUAGUGAAGAAGAGAUUUAUGUGACAGAAGGAAACAUUCAAAAUAAAGAGUCUUUGGUAGGAGGUCAUCAUGUAUUGAGAGAAAAGCCAACCAUGUCUGCCAAGGAUGCUGCAGCCGCUAUUGGAUCUCUCUAUCCUUGUUCAGUUGAUGGUUGCAAUGAGCUCUUCACUAAAAUGCAACAGCUCAGCCAACACCAACAGCAAAAGCACAAGUCUUUGCGGCCUCAUUCCUGUAAGGUCUGUGGCAAGUCUUUCAAACGUCCAGGUCACCUGAGAGAUCACAUGACCACUCAUGAUUCCGAACGGAAAAAGAAGAAGGAAGCCAAGAAGACGAGUAGCACCCAUGCAUGUAGCACGUGUGGAAAGGUAUUUGGAAAGCCCAGUCAACUUGAGAGGCAUCUCAGAACACAUACAGGUGAGAAACCAUACUCGUGUCCUGAAUGUCACAAGUCCUUCAGUCAGAAGAAUUCACUUCAGAUUCACAUGAACGUCCACACCAGAGAGCGUCCUUUCAAAUGUCCAUAUUGUGAUCAGUCCUUUUCCCAAAAAGGUAAUCUAAAGACCCACCUUAUGAGAGCACACAAGCUGUCAACGGAUGCUGUUAUUCAGCUUGGUAAUGCUGUUAGUGGGACAACCAACCAAGAAGACCUAGAUAUAUUAAGACUCUUCUCGGCAUAGUAGAUGAGUCUCAUAGACUCUCACCCAGUGGGAGACCAUCCCAAGAUAUAGACAGAUUCUUCUGAGUCAGUAUAGUGUGAUGUCAUCGCAUUGACUUUCAACAAGUGGGACACCAAACCAAAAAGACUUAAAGCCACCGCACACCUUAUGACUGUUCGUGAUCCGAUUUUGGAAUAAAUCGCAUUUUGCACAUUUUCUGAAAAUGUGAA